AUGCCACUAUUCUUUUUAAUGGAGAACUUUCAGACAGCAAAGUUUAUGGAGUUAGAAAGCCUAAGGGACAGGGGGUUUUUGGAUGAUGGGGACAGGGUGUUACACAAGCUUAUAAAAUAUGAGAAUGUACGUAUUUUUUCAGCAAUACGGCAAAAUAUCCAAGCUUUAGCGUUCGAAUUAAGACAGAAAUCUAUCAAAAGCUAUGCGUCGUUUCUGUUUUACAUCUUUUAUGGUAAAAUUCACGUCUGUGAUUGGAUGAAGAUCUUAAUCAGAUUGCUUAUAAAUGCACAGACUUUGUACUCCAAAAAAUAA